CACACAAAAGCCGAGUUUGUCCUGGUACGCGCACGCAUGCGUGAACACGUACGACGCUAUGCGUACACGCUAGGGGGGAGGGGCACGUAAACAGAGAAUUCCAAAAAGGAAGGGAGUGUUUCUUUCAACUGACAAACCAAUACAUCAAGGUUAGAAUCAUGCCCAUUCGCCGAUCAGCUGCAGCCCCACCCAAAGAGGAUGCACCCCCUGCAAAUGCCCCUGACGGAGAUGCUCCUGCCGAAGGUACUGCAACUGUAGUUGAGAAGGAGAAGGAAAAGGAGAAGGAGAAAGAUCCGGCACCUACAGAACCUGAAACCAAGGAGGAAAAGAAAGCAGGAGAUGAAGGAGAGGAGGUAACCGCUGAUGAUGAGGGGCAGGCCAAAGACGAAGGAGAGACACCUGAUGAGGGGGAGAAAACUGAAGAAGCUGCAACUGAACAAGGGAAGAGCAAGAAGAAAAAAGCCAAGGAAGUUGUGGCCAAAAUUGACAAGGAAGAUGACAAAGGGAAAAAGGUGAAAAAGAAGAUUCCUGCUUGGGCGACCAUUUCCGCCAACAAACUGGCUUCCACCUCUCUUUCCCAGCCCAGAGUUGAAGAAAUCAUGAUAGAAGCAAUUGAGAGUUGCAAAGAGCGAAGUGGCAUGUCUACGAUCACCAUAAUGAAAUAUGUUAUGAAGAAAUAUCCAUCUGUGGAAAUGGACAAAAAGACCAAGAACCUCUACAAGAGGGCUCUGAAGCGAAUGGUUGAGAAGGGCACCGUCAAACAGCUGAAAGGCAAAGGCUUCUCUGGAAGCUUCGCCAUUGGGAAGAAGCUAGCUGCGUCUGCGGGGCCGAAAGAAACGCUGGGAGAGUCUCUGCCCCUGAUCAUCACCCGCCUCUGUGAACCCAAGGAGGCUUCCUACAUCCUGAUCAAGAAGUACCUGGAGCAACACUUCCCACAACUCAACGUGGAUAGCAGGCCUGAGGUGUUGAAGAACUGCCUGCAGAAAUCUGUAGAAAAGGGCUACUUGGAGCAGAUCACUGGAAAGGGUGCCUCUGGAACAUUUCAGUUGAAGAAAGCUGGGAAUAAAGUGCUCUUGGGUGGCGGACUGCUGGAGGACGCAAUAGUGGCCGCCAUUACAGCCAUGAAUGAGCCCAAGACCUGCAGCAUCACCAUACUGCGCAAAUUCCUAAUGGAGAGACAGAAGGAGCAGAAUAACUUUUUUGUCGUGCCAAACCUGAAGAGAACCUUGCAGAAGUGUAAAAUGAUGGGAUGGAUGGAGCAGAUUUCUGGACAUGGACUCAGUGGGUCAUACCAGCUAAGCUAUCCAUAUUAUCCAAGUCCGGCGGUUCUGUUUCCAGAAAUGAUGGCAAAACUUAAACAGAAGGAAGGACAAAAGGAAGGACAGAAGCUCAAACGCAAGAGAAGUGAUGAAUCUGAUGAAGAAUCCGAAGAAGCGGCAGAGGAAGAAUCUGAAGAGGAAGAAUCCGAUGAGGAUGAGCCUCCCCGAAGAAAGAGGACUCAGCGUGCAAAACGAACGUCUGCGUCCAAAGCUCGUCAAAAUAAAAGGGCUAAAAAAGUCAGCAGAAAACCUCCUGCUUCAAAGAAAUCAGUUGCAUCAGCCAAGAAAGCCCCUCCACCAGCCAAGAAAGCCCCGCCACCAGCCAAGAAAGCCCCGCCACCGGCCAAGAAAGCCCCUCCACCAGCCAAGAAGCCAGCCGCUGCGAGCAAAGCAGUGUCUCGAAAGGCACCAGAGCCUGUCAAAGCCACACCAGUCAAGAAAGCCGCCAUGACCAGUAAACCGAAAACACCAGUAGCCAAAAAGAUGACAAGCAGGGGGUCCAAACGGCCAUCGCCCAAAGCAGCUAAGAAGGAGGCAACUGAAUCUGCUGUGAAGGCUAAGCCAGCCGCCCGCAAAUCACUCCGAGCUCGGAAAUGAUUCCCGCGCUUUCUGAUGGCAGAAAAGAUCAACUGUUGCUGCGUAGACUGCAGUGCUGGCUAUUUUCUCCUCUUAUUUUUGUAGAAACUUCCAUGUUCUCCUUGUCUUGGGCCCUCUGAUGAAUAUACGUAGGACCUCUUCAAAGUUAUUCUGCCAUUUAAGUACAGGCAUUUUGUGUUCAAUAUUCUUAAAUUACAGGUAAAGAUAUAGAGUAGAAAUGCUACUGUUUGUGUUAAGAUGCUCAUUCAGGUCACCAUUAUGAGAACGUCGAGAAGGAGCUGUUCUCAGUUGUGUAUCAACAAAAAAAAUCUAUUAUUUAAAGUUCUCGUAGUCGGUCUUUCUGUAGAGGCAAGCAUUUCAGUUUUUCAGCCGCCCCUUUCUCAUCAGUGUUCAAGAAACCUCUUUUCGUACGUUUUAUUUCGAUCAUGUUUUGUGAAGUUACUGUUGUAAUAAAAAAAAAAAAACAUUUUGUUGAUGUUGGCUCUUUCGUCUAAGUCAAAGUAAAGAAUGAUUAUUGAUGCCUAACUUUAAGUUGAACCGUCUACCUGAAAGCAAAAUUGGAUUUAUUAAGAUGCAUUAAAGAAACGUUGGCAUCCAUAUCCACAACUGUCUUUUUGUUCUGUAUAGUCUAUGAAGAAGAAUAUAAGUUGAAAAGAUUUUCCGAGCACAUUUGACACACUAUUAACCCGGUCAUACUCUUGUGUGUUAGUUUAUCAGGGGGUUAGAUGUAAUUUUAUGAGCAUUGCUCAACUUACCGUGUGCAUGCAUGUAACUGAUAUACUUUUCUGUAGUCCUUAAUAAAGUGACUAUAU